AUGCUACAUCUACCUGCCUUCACGUUGAAGGUGACCAACGACAACGACACCGAAGAGGCUAUCGUGAAAGAGGCUCGAGUCCAGCAGCAUCACGAAGAACGACCCUCUCAACCCCCUGCGAAGCGCAUGAAGACUGGCAAAAAGACCAUGGCCAUCGACAUCAUCAAGUUCUCGUUCAUGACGCACCGCACCUGCGACGGGGAGGUCCCUCAAACCUUGCGAAGUACCCUGGACAAGGUGGGGUGUCUGAGGGCUAUUCCCACAGUCACUCGUCCUCAACCACCACUGUUGCGUCGUUCCCUGCCGCCGCAGACACUGAGCGGCAAGCCUCCUGCGGUGAGCCUGCGUGUGCUCUACGAGGCAUCAAAGGCCAACGCAGACCGGAUGCUGGAGGAGCACAAGAAGAAUGAAGAGGCCCUCGAGGCCAAACAAAAGGAGGCUGAUGAGAUGAAGCCACGUAAUGAUGCGGUAGAGGUCCCCCUUGUAAGCGACGACGCGGCGGCAGCCGAAAGUCCGUUGGGGCCGCAACCCCUUGGCACGUGUAUGAAUUACCUACCUACGUAG